AUGCCUCGCACAGAAACUAAGGACACGCGCACAUUCACCCGGCCAGGUGAAGUCACAUACAUUCUCCCAGAACCCUCCUCUUCAACUGUGACCAUCAUUCUCCCGCCCAAGAGUCCAUGGACAUCAGGCUCGCACUGGCACGAAACCCACACUGAGUACCUACGCAUCAUCCAAGGAGCAGCCAAAGUUACCAUUCAAAGCCGUACCUACACAUACCGUGCGUCUGAUGGAAUCAUUGCAAUCCCCAAGUUUGUCGUUCACGAGUGGAGUCGUGCUCUUGAUGAUGACUCCGAUUUCAACGAUGAAGAACUGGUCGUCCAGGAGUGGACCGAUCCCACGGAUGGAUUGAAGGAAGUCUUCUUUCGAAACUUGAAUAGUGUUAUUUUGGAGCACACUGGGAAGGGCUGGUUUGGAAGCGUGGUGUUUAUGCUUCAGUUGUGGACUAUUUUUCAUAGGUUGGAUAAUUGGCCUGUUAUUGUGGGUGGGCCGUUCUAUGUGCGAUGGAUGCUUACGCAUGUGGUCGUAGGGUUUGGGGCGUGGGUUGGGGCGUUCCGCACUGGACACUCGUCGAGAUAG